AUGAAAAAGCUGCAAUGGUCCGCGUACUAUUGCCAUUGCUGCCUCUCCUUGCUGCUGCAGAGUCACUUGACACGGAUCGAAUCAGUCAGUGAGACUGGAAGGCGCAACGAGACCGUCGCGAACCUCAGCGAUGCUCGUGAGGCCGUGGACCCGGUGACAUCGGUGACGCCGUCGGUGCUCGUGGCGCCCACGGAGCGCAGCGCGGUGCGGCGCCGUCCCGGUGCCCUCUGGGCGCUGUGCCACCUGGGCGACGCCGCCGUGCAGAGCGACAUCAACUGCUCCGAGGUGUUGCUACCGUCGGACUACUUGCAGGUCUGUGGGCGGUGGCAAUGCCGCGAUCCGCAGGUGGAUUAUUGUUUUUUUAGUGGCGGAUUGCGAGACCACGAAGUGGCGAUGGCAAAUGAGUCCAGCAACGAGUCCACGAGCUUGCCCUUGCAACGCACCUUUCGCUGGCGCCCGGACGUGCCGCUGGAGAUGCCUGUGGAUAGCGACGAAGAGAAGGGACCAGUUCCUGUUCGACCUGUGUGCAGAUGGCCUCGUUUCCCACUGCGCAGAUGGCCCAAGAGCUACGAAAAUCUUGUGGAGCGACAGGCGAAAACCACCGUGAAGUCGCCGCGGCCAGCCACACCUGCAAGGAGCUGUCCCGAGAAAAGCUGCUGCAGACGUUCCCAGCCGUUUUUCCGCUGUGACAGCGAUUCUGGAGCAUACUUGUCGAGGAUUUGGCAUCGUUUUGGUGAUGCCAUGGUUUCAAAGCUUCUGCCCUCAUCUCGCUCUGGCGAAUGGCAACAUUGUGCUGAUGAAGGACAGAUUUGCCUCUGUCUUGGUGAGGUGCGCUUUGGCUUGGAAGCCUUCCCGGAGGAUGCUGCCGAUGUGGCGCAGCAAUGGGCUUCCGAGACCUUGGUGGCCAAAAACGGCCUGGUCUUCUGCACAGAGGAGACUUUUGGUGGUCAAUCGGUGCCAAAUCGUUCUGGUGAAGCUCAAGCGACUCGAGUGUGUCAGUGCCAUGCUGUUUCUCCCGGACCGCUGGUGAUGCCGAGCAACGAGACGAGGCUGAUAUCAGCAGACAACGUCAGCCGCAGCAGUGCUCGGGCGAUGAGCGAGGAAGGCAGAUUCAUCAGGAGUCAACCGUAUUCGGACGACUUUUUGAACGGGGUACGAUAUGACUACGCCUCGAUGCAUGCUGGAGCUCGUUUGGUAACCCACGCAAAGGGUCUGCUGCAUGCGAAAGCUGUGCUUUCACCAGACAAAUCUUUGUACAUGUUAUCUCCGUGCGAGACCCGGUCGUGGUUUGUGAUCUCGCUUCUGGAAGAUAUUUUUGUCGAAUAUGUUGGCCUGGUGACCUUGGAACUUUUUGCAUCUGGAUACCGACAUUUGCAGAUCCUGGGCUCCAAUCAAUAUCCCACUGAAACCUGGAGAUUGCUGGGUGAAAUAGAAAGCAAUUCCACCUCCAACUACGAGCUGUUCGACGUGGGAUCUCGUUGUCAACGCCUUGCAGAAGAAUGUUGGGUGAGAUUUUUGAAGAUCCGAGUGUUGUCACAUCAUCGCAUGGAGGACAACUCCUUUUGCGCCUUGACACGUUUCCAGGUCUUUGGUGCCACAGCGACAAAUUACAUCGCGAAGGAACGAACUGCAGAGGAUCGCAGAGACCGACGUGUCGAUCCCAGUUUGCUGGACAUCGCCAGAUGGCACGAGGAGGUGGCCAGAGCUGCAGCUUUGCCUCCCAGUCUGGGCCAAAGCGCAGAACCCUUGGAACCAGCGAAAGACUCCGGUCACAGCGACUCCACAGCUGGAGACGAAAACAAGGAAGCCAAGAGCUACACUGAUUUGCCCUUGGCGUUGAUCAAAGACGUGUCCACCUGGCUGCGGAGCAAAGUGCUGCAUCGCCCCGCCGUGGCGCCGCCCGAAGACGACAGCAAUGCUUCAGCGCCGGUGGCUCAGCCAGAGACGAAGCCACCGCUGUCGGAUAUGCUGGUGGAGCUCAACGUAAGUACUCCAGAGAGUGGUGGCAGUGGCUUAGCAUCCCUGGAGAAGCUUCAAGCAACCCUGGAUUCUUUGGCAGCGGAAGCACCGACAAACAAGGCCAAGAAAGACUCCUCCAUGCCAGCACUGGUUGCAAUCAACAAGGAGCUGCGGGAGAUGCAGGAAAGCCAAGCGAUACUUCAGGAGCACAACAAACAUGUGAUCUCAUGCCUCAACACGAUGCUAGCACUGGUUGUUCAGCUUUUUACGGAGCAGAAUGCGCGCAUGAAAACGCUGGAAGAGCGAACCAAUGAUGGGAACCUGCCGGACCUGCCGGACCUUAGGCAUUCCUGGUGGCCCAUAGAGAGACCAUAUUCCUAUGGAAAGAACGGCCAAUGUCAGGGUCAAUGCCCAGAAGAACAGGAUGCCACUGAAGUUCCAGGUGGUUUGCCAAGUCCUCUUUGGGAACAACUCCAGGUCCUUUUGUACUAUCCCUUGGAUCGAAUCCUUCUGAUUUUGAUCUCAGUUUGGCUUCUGCUUUCUCGAAUCUCAUCAGCCUUUGGCCGAAGUUCCAUCAGCUUGCCCUCUCCAGAGGUGGAAGUACACGAAGUGAAUUCCACACCAAGCAGAUCGAAAGGUUCAAGUCGUCAUGCCUCGGCAAAGAAAGACCGAGAUGAGACGAAUCGCACCGUGUCAGGUGCAAGUGGCAGACGAUUGCAGCGAGAGCUGCGAAGAGAGCUGCGUGACUCCCGUUACGAAACGCCACGACGAGACACAUCCAGAAACUCGCGUGACUCUGCACCCUUUGCGCCCUUUCGAAAUCCGCAUAGUUCACGAGUUCGAAGGAGGAGUCGGAGUGCAGAUCGUGCAGAGCAUGCAGAGCGUGAGCGUGAUCGAAGUUCCUCAGAUUCCUCACGGACAGAUGUACAAAGGAAAAAUCUGCGGGCUUUCGAACUUCUAUGUCAGCAGCUGCCACAGACGCCCCCGUUGCAUCCAAGGACUCGGGAGGAAUUGCGCUCCAGUGGCGACGAGUUAGUGCAAAAGGCUUGGCAGCGACAUCUUCGCAGACAAGAGGCGCUGGGAGAAGUUGACUCGUCCUCGCCGCGGCACCGCAACACCGAUACAGCGCCAAGUUCCAGCGACCGAGAGGAUCGGGAUGAGGCUUGGCAGCCUUGGCAAUCCAGAAUCUCCUCAGAACUUGGUGGAGAGGUCCCUGAGCUACCGCACUUCAAGGCACAUAAGCGCAGGGCGCCCAAACGUUACAGCAGCGCUGCAAGAAGACAUCCUGUGCAUUUGGCUGCGCGCCGUCCAGACCCUUCGAGCCCGGUGACUGGGCCAGCAGAGAGUCAGUGA